AUUAAUCUCUACGCUUCUCUCUCCGCAAUUACUCCUUGAGAACAUCUCUCUCUAGAAUAUUGAGUAUUGCUGACUUGAGCGUUGGAGUGUUUUCCCCGAGGAGACAUCCUCGGGAUUUUCAGGUGUAGAAGCAGCCGAGGACUUCAACAGUGUUGGAUUGCGAAGCUGCCGAAACAUUGGCGCCGUCUGUGGGAACUCGGACAAGAAGUCGUGUGACUUAACCUGCUGAGAGACAAAAUGGUUCGUACCUUUACAGGAGGUCGCCCUCCAAGAAAUGAAAUGGACGAACAGGAGGACGUGCAAGUGUCUGAGCCUGGGUUGAAUGACUUUGGGCCAAUGCCUAGAAAUCUUUUUUCCCAAAUUCCAAUAGGAACAAGACAAAGACCUUCUCGACCACACAUUUCACAGCAAGAACGACCUGAAAGGUCAACAGAACCUGCUCGGACAACCGAGCUCGAAGAGAGAACCAGAGUUCUCGAAAUGGCAAUGGCUUUCAAUGCUAUAUUAGGAAGAGCCACCCUGUGCGAGCUGAAGGCUGUUAUCUCACAGCCCCAUCUCUGUAUGAAAUUCCCAACUCCUCAAGGGGUAGGAGUGCUGAAAGGGAAUCAGAGGAUGGCUAGAGCCUGUUACCAAGACACGUUCAAGAAGGUCGAGCUCGCCGCAGUUUCGGCGAGCACAGAAGCUCACAAGCCAACCCAGCUCGAGCCAGUAGAGCCAGUGGAAACGGUGCCUUUAAACCUGGAUGUGCCGGAGAGAACGGUGAAGAUCGGCACUAAACUCACAGAAGAAGAGCGGGCAGGGCUUCUAGAAUUCCUAAGGACUAAUCAGGACGUAUUCGCGUGGACUACGGAUGAAAUGCCUAGCAUCCCGGCAGAAUUGACAGUCCACAAGCUCAGCACAGACCCCACCAGAAGGCCAGUGGCAGGCUUCAUCAGAAGAGUGGAGUACUCCGAAUGGGUGUCCAACCCCGUGCUCGUCAAAAAACCAAAUGGCAAGUGGAGGAUGUGUAUUGACUUCACUAACCUCAAUGAUGCAUGCCCGAAAGACCCUCACCCAUUGCCAAAUGUCGAGAAGUUAGUGGAGCGGGCAGCAGGACACGAACGGAUGAGCUUCCUUGAUUCCAGUUCGGGUUAUCAUCAGGUCCAGCGGUUGCUGGACGACCAGGAGAAAACAGCUUUUUACGCUGGUGAUGCAAUCUACUGCUAUGUCAUGAUGCCAUUUGGCCUCAAAAAUGCUGGAGCAACAUACCAGAAGCUGGUGCAAAUCAUCUUUAAGCUCCAGAUCGGCAGAAACAUAGAAGUAUAUGUGGAUGACAUGAUAGUCACCAGCGUGCGAGCUGAAGAUCACAUUGACGACCUGGACGAAACAUUUCAAAACUUACGGCGGGCUCAAAUGAAAUUGAAUCCCUUGAAAUGCACGUUUGCUGUAGAAUCAGGGAAAUUCCUAGGGUACGUGGUAUCCAAGAAAGGAAUCGAAGUAAACCCAGAGAAGGUUGAGGCCGUUCAGCAGAUGGAACCGCCAAAGACUGUCAAAGACGUGCAGCGUUUGACGGGCCGUGUUGCUGUGCUGCACAGGUUUAUAGCCAGGUCGGCAGAAAGAUGCCUCCCGUUUUUCAAGGCCCUGCGAGAGCCCAAGAAUUUUCAAUGGACCGAGGCGUGUCAGCAGGCCUUUGACGAGCUCAAACUAUACUUGGCGUCGGCGCCCCUGCUAUCCAAGCCUGUGGACGGGGAAAGCUUGUAUCUGUAUUUAGGGGUUACAGCAGAGGCGAUCAGCUCGGUCUUGCUCAGGGAAGAGAAUAAGAAUCAGAAACCAAUCUGUUAUGUCAGCAAAGUCUUACAAGGCGCCGAGCAGAAUUACCCAGUAGCGGAAAAGGCCGCUUUUGCCUUGGUUUACACAGCUCGAAAGUUGAGAGCUUACUUCCAAUCACAUCAGAUUGUUGUCUAUACCGAUCUACCUUUGAGAAAAAUAUUGCAGAAACCUGAACUCUCAGGUCGGCUUAUUGGGUGGAGCGUCAAGCUGAGUGAAUAUGACCUGAAGUUUCAGCCGCGCACAACCAUAAAAGGCCAAGCCAUUGCAGACUUUUUGGUAGAAUGCAUCUCGGCGACGGAGAAAGACAAGGCACUUGAUUACCCAGCCUGGGUUCUAUAUGUUGAUGGAGCUGCUAACGUUGAAGGAUCAGGUGCUGGGGCUGUGCUGAUAGGCCCAAAUGGCUUUAAAUCUGAACAUGCAUUGCGGUUUAAGUUCCAGACCACUAAUAAUGCUGCUGAGUAUGAAGCCCUCAUCUAUGGUUUGAAGCUGGCGUCCGAGCUGAAGGUACAGAGCAUACAAAUUUUCAGUGACUCUCAGCUCGUGGUGGGCCAGGUAAAUGGCAGCUGUGAGGUCAGGGAUCCCCAGCUCGGCCGUUACACCUCUGUGGUCAACAGUUUAAAGUUAAGAUUUGCUUCAUUUCAGAUCGACAAAAUACCAAGAGCUGACAACCACCGAGCUGACGAACUGUCAAAGUUAGCCUCCUCGCGGGACUUUAACCCUCAGAGGUCAACCAUCGUCGAAGUGCUGGACGCCCCGAGCUACACUGAUUUCACGGUCGAGUGUCAGCUACUAAGCACAGAUCCCACCACGCCGAGCUGGACUACCCCACUUAUAAAUUAUCUACAAAGUGGCGAGUUACCUGCGGAUCUGUCCGCUGCGAAGUUGGUUAAACGAAAGGCAGCACAUUUCACUUUGUUGGAUAACAAGCUCUACAAACGAGCAGCCUCAAUGCCCUUAUUACGCUGCCUUACUCCUUACGAAGCUGAAUACGUUGUAAGAGAAGUUCACGAAGGAGUAUGUGGCAUGCACAUCGGUGGCAGAACUCUAGCUCGGAAGCUCCUGAGGCAUGGUUAUUAUUGGCCCACUAUGGUCGAGGACGCACAGAACUAUGUCAAAAGGUGCCUGACCUGCCAGUUCAAUGCUGACGAUAUUCACAUGCCAGGGGAAAUGCUAUCAUCCCUUGCGUCUCCCUGGCCUUUUGCUCAAUGGGGUGUCAACCUGCUCGGCCCUUUCAUCAAAGGCAAAGGAGGCUGCACUUUCCUGGUCGUUGCAGUGGAUUACUUCACUAAGUGGAUAGAAGCUAAAUCAUUAUCCACGACAACAGAAAGGAAAAUUGAAGAAUUCUUGUUCAAUUCCAUAUUGUGCAGGUUCGGCAUACCUAGGAGGAUUAUCGCCGACAAUGGGCCACAGUUCCGAGCAGCAGCACUGAAAUCAUUUUGUAACGACUAUGGCGUUGAGCUCGUCUUGACAUCUGUGUACACUCCACAGUCCAAUGGGCAAGCCGAGUCCGCCAAUAAAAUCGUCUUGCGAGGCCUCAAGACACGAGUGCUGGCUGCACAUUCUAAUUGGGUUGAUGAGCUCGAUAAAGUGCUUUGGUCUUGUCGCACAACACCCAGCUCGGCGACAGGCGAAACCCCUUUCAGCUUGGCCUAUGGAGCUGAAGCCGUCAUCCCAGUCGAGGUUGGAUUGCCAUCCGACAGAUCAGAUCGCCACGACGAUCAGAAUAAUGAACAACUCUUAAGAGAGAACUUAGACUUUGUGGAAGAAGUCAGGGAGAUGUCUCGAAUAAGGAACAUGGCACAUCAAAGUCGCGUUGCAAAAUUUUACAAUAAAAGGGUUCAAGCUCACCAGUUUCAAGUUGGCGAUCUAGUUCUACGCAAGGCUGGGUUAACUAACACUCAUUCGCACAUGGGUAAGCUCGCUCCUAAUUGGGAAGGCCCCUAUAUGGUGGUUCGGGUUAAGCGACCUGGCUCCUACGUGUUAGCAGAUAUACACGGACAUCAGUUACCUUACCUUUGGAAUGUACAGAAUCUUAGGAAGUUUUACAGUUAAUGUAUGUUAUGUCAUUUCGCUUAAGGUGCUAUCCAACAGUUGUAAACAAAGAUAUACAGAAAAU